UCAGUGAUGGACCAUCAGUUCAUUAUUAAUCCAACAAAAAUUCGCGACAAAUCUCUGGAGUAAAGCUCCGAGCUUUCCUUCAGUUUUUCCAAUCCCUCGAUGUCUCUACCGCCGGAAGCAAGUGACUAGCCAUGCUUAGGCGGCGGCUGCUCCGAGAGCUCCAAGCUUGCGCGGAGUCGCUCCCCCAAUCGAGCAAUCAGAUUGCGUUUGCAAGAAUCUGUGGAUGCCCGUUGAAUCUGACUAAAGAUUCGCGUAAGUAUUGUAAUCCUCCUAUCAGUUUCCGCUUGCCUCUAGUUUUUAGAAGAGGAGUUGUUGCUGGUUCUUGUGGCGUGAGAUCUUUUCAGAACUCUGAUGUCCAGCCGCCGGCUCGGUGCUUUUCCGGCGACGCCUGCGCGGCGCCUCUGGCCAAGAUCCCGGAUUCGCCGGUGCGCGUGCUCCGGCAUGGUCUCGUCCGUGCGAGCGCGCAGGCCUCGCUGCUCGAGUAUCUCCAUUCUACGCGGGGAAUAGAGUUCAUGCUCGCCGAGCACAUGAGCAAGAACUCUCCGGCGUUCCUCGCCCGCCUCCUUGCCAACGUGGACACCGGCGGCGGCGCCGAUGUGAGAUUGCCAGUCUCCAGGUUCCUGCAAUACCACCCCAUCAAUGAGUUCGAGCCGUUCUUCGAGAGCAUUGGGCUCAGGCCGUCAGAGUUGGGGAAGUUCUUGCCAAGUGAUUUGAUAUACCUGAAGGAUGCUGUCGAAUUGCUGGAGAAUUACCAAGUACUCUGUGAUUAUGGCGUGCCACGGACCAAGAUUGGUAAGGUGUACAAGGAGGCCAAUGAGGUGUUUGGUUAUGGACACAGUGUGUUAUUCUCGAAAUUGCAAGAAUAUGAGCUGCUUGGAUUGAGCAAAUCAACAAUCACCAAGCUUGUAGUGUGUUGCCCCAAACUCCUUAUUGGUGAAGCCAACCUUGAGUUUCUGCAUGUUUUGGAUAAGCUGAAAGCCUCUGGUAUUAUGCUCGGAUGGUUUAGAGGGGGUUUGUCAGAUGAGAGCACACACAACUGGAGACGAACUCUUAAAAUGCUUGAAUUUCUUGAUAUGAUGGGUUCCAACAACAAGACUCUGUUGGUAAGGCUGAUCAAAGAACAUCCAAGAUUUGUGUUUGGCGAAUCUGGUAAGAAGUUGUAUCUUCUUGUCAGCAUGCUGUGUAAAUUUGGCAUUCAGAUAGAUAGCAUGCUACAGCUAUUCGUGCAGUGCCCAUGGGUUCUAAACAUGAAAUUUCCAAAGAAUCUGCAGAAAUCAGUGGAUUUUUUGACUCAGAUAGGAAUGGAGGCAUUCGACAUUGCUCGGGUUGUCUCAUCAUGCCCUGAAAUUCUUGGUGCUAGUUCUUGUCAGAGUGUUGCUAUUGUGUUGUCUACCAUGAACCUGUCUGCUGCGAGGUUAUGCAAUAUCAUAAAAGAGGACCCUAUGCAGUUUGGUACUUUGGUAUCAAAGAAAAAAGUUGCUGCUGUGACAAAGAUAGACAGUUUUUAUCUUGGAGAGAAGGCUGAAUUUUUGCUGAAGAUCGGCUUCAUUGAGAACUCUGACGACAUGGUGAAGGCAAUGUCCCAUUUUCGUGGCCGCGGUGACCAGCUUCAAGAGAGGCUAGAUUGCUUGGUCGAUGCUGGAUUGGACUAUGAGGAUGCCUGCAGCAUGAUCAAAGUGGCCCCAUUUAUACUGAACAUGUCAGUGAGUAUGAUCAAGAAAAAGAUCAGCUACAUUCUGAAUGACAUCGGAUACACUCUUGAAUCUAUUGUUGCUUUUCCUGCGAUUUUCGGGUACAGUUUGGAGAAGAUGAAGCUGAGAUUCAUGAUGUACAAGUGGCUCACCGAAAAUGGUGUCAAGAUCAAACCAACAAACAAGAACAAGGUAAACAAGUCCAUGGUAGCCUUGAGCACCAUCAUGGCAUGCUCAGAUGUCAGGUUUGUGAAGCAAUUUGUGAAUCUUCACCCUGGUGGACUGGAUCAAUGGCAACGGUUGAAGAACUGUUCAACUAUUCAGUAAGAAUUACAAGACAAAUAUUCAAUUUUAUUUGGAAAAAUAUAUUCCGACGCACAAGCUUUAUUUCUUCAGCUGCCUCCUUGCAAUGCAGGGCUACAAUACAAAUCUUGACACAUCUUCACAAAUGCCAUGUCUGAAAACUCAAGUUUUCAUAUUUAGAGGUUUAUACUUUAGAUCUUGACUGAAAAACUGCUAGGACCUACUUGGAGAGGAAUAUCUCUUGGAAAGCUUUGGUAUUUAGUUAUUAGUAUGUUGUAGGAUAUAUCAGUUCAUCACAAUUGUAUAAAUGUAUAAACCUGAUAUUAACAUCCCAUGUGAGGUUGACCAGUGGAAUAAGGCUAAUUGCCAGUCUGUUUCCAGAUUACUUUUUUUC